AACUGGCGAUAUUUUGCAGAUGGUUUCUAGUACUACUCAAGUGAAUGUCAGCAACCUACACCCAUUCUAUAACUACAAUUGCUCAAUAGCUGCUGAAACAAUAACAGUUGGUCCAUUCAGUGACAGUAUUUCAGUUCAACUUGAUGAGUAUGGUCCAACUGACUCUCCGACUGAUCUGAAUGGGGAAGUGAUCGACUCAAACUCCAUUACCUUGAGUUGGAGUCCUCCACCACCAGAACAUAGAAAUGGAGUUGUUCGCAAGUACAUCGUAGCGGCAGUUGAAACAGACACGGGAAAUGAAUAUACCUGGGAAUCGGUGUUGACCACCAUAACCAUCCACUCACUUCAUCCUUUUUAUACGUAUCAGUUUACUGUUUCAGCGUACACAGUUCAGCAGGGACCAUUCUCGUACAUUGUCACUCUUCAAAUGCCCACUGAUGCUCCAAGGACUGCACCGCUCAAUGUCACAGUUGAUAGUGUUCAGUCACAAGGAUUUAUAAUCAGUUGGGAGUCUCCUGCAGACAAAGAUAAAAAUGGCAUCAAUACUCAUUACACCAUCUCCCUUACAGACUUAGACACUAACAUAAUUGUUACGCUAAACCAAACAAACCCUGAGAGUACUGUGACAGGUUUAGCUCCCUUCACAACAUAUGAAGUGCAAGUAGCAGCCCAUACAAGUGCUGGCAGGGGACCUUUCAGUCCAAUCCAAACUUUUCAAACACUGGAGAAAGCUCCUGAUACUUCCCCACUGGAUUUUGAGGCCUCUAUUGUUAACUCAAGAUCUCUACACCUGAGUUGGACUGCUCCAAAUGUUGAAGAUAGAAAUGGAGUUAUUAGAGGAUACCAAGUAAACCUCAGGGAGAUUGAUUCGGUUCAAACACUGCAAUAUACCACUGCAAACCUCUUUAUUACAAUUGGGGGACUUCACCCUGCUUACACAUAUUGGUGCACAGUAAGUGCCUUCACAGUUGAAACUGGUCCAUUCACCAAUGCUUCGAUUGUGACACUGCCAGAAGAUGUCCCAACAGGAUAUCCUCAUAGUCUCCAAGUCAACCCAAUUAAUUCAUAUUCAGUUAUUGCGCAGUGGGAGCCACCUUUUUUAAGCGAUCAAAAUGGAAUUAUCACUCAUUACACAUUAUGGUGGAGUCUUUUGACAACGGGAGAAGAGAAUGAACAUACCACUACCAACACAAACAUAACUGUAACAAAUCUUUCUCCAUAUACCACCUAUGUGUGGACCAUUGCUGCAUCCACUAGUGUGGGGAUUGGACCUAACAGCACUGCAAUUAACGUUCUCAUGCCAGAAGAUGCUCCAAAUAGACCCCUAAGAAAUCUUUCUGGAGUGUCACCAUCUUCACGUAGAAUCUAUCUAACAUGGCAUCCACCACCUGCAGCUUUGACCAAUGGAAUAAUCAGAGAGUAUUAUGCCAACGUUACUGACACAGUGACUGGUGAAGUGCAACUGCUAUCAUCACAGUCAGAGGUCUUAGAGAUCACUAACUUACAUCCCUACUACACAUAUAAAGUGGCUGUAGCAGCGUACACUGUAGCUCUUGGACCAUUUACCGACCAGAUCACAGUCCAAACAUUGGAAGAUGUUCCAACCGGAGCACCACUCAACGUGGCAGCUAAUGCUAAUAGCUCACGUGCAUUCAGUAUAGCUUGGGACCCUCCAGAACAGGAGAAACAGAAUGGAAUAGUAACAGGAUACACGGUGAGAGUUAUACCAAUCAUUGGGGGACAAACAAUGGAUUAUGAGACAGAGGAUAAUCAUUUGCUCGUGGAGGGACUUUCACCACACACAACAUACGAGUGUGUUGUAGCAGCAGUGACAAAAGUUGGAGCUGGACCAUUUAGUGCCAUAGUCACUGUACAGACACUGCAAGAAGCUCCAAGUGGUCAUCCCAGUAACUCCAGUGGAAUCGCCUUGAACUCUACACACAUACACCUCACAUGGGACCCUCCACCUCGCAAUCAAACGCAUGGUGAAAUCCAGGAGUACAGGAUCACCAUAGUUGAAUACGAAACAGAAAAUGUGACUGUCCAUGUAUCAGAAAACACUGAGCUGGUAGUAGGGCCUCUUCACCCAUACUACACCUACAAUUGCAGCGUUCAGGCUGUGACAGUGGAACUGGGACCACCAAUAAUCAUCCUUGUAAGGACACAAGAAGCAGCACCAUCAGCCCCACCUACUUCAUUUGAGAUUGAUGUCAUCAAUGCAACCUCUAUUUUCUUAUCAUGGGGUCCACCCCCUGAGGAGGAGAGAAAUGGAAUCAUUCGUCAGUAUGUGGUAGAGCUGAAGACAGCUAAGUUCGAUAACUUCACCAGUGUUUCAACCGGAACCAAUGUAACUGCAACAAAUCUUCAUCCAUAUACCAUGUAUGAGUGUACAGUAGCAGCAGAGACAAUUGUGGUUGGAGUAUCAAGCAGCAGUAUAUCAGCACUAACAUACGAAUCAGAGCUCCAACAGCAGCUCCAAGGGAUUUGUUCGUAUUUGUGGCAAGUCCAACAGCAGUGCAGUUGGAGUGGAUACCUCCCAGAGAGGAAGACGUUAAUGGUGUGGUCCAAGCAUACGUCGUCACUAUCAAUCUCGUCAAUAUAACUGAUCCUCAAACUGGUGCUGUGUGGCAGCAAAGGAUCGAAGAUGACACAGAUGCAUUGAUUGAAUCACUGCAUCCAUUUUACUCUUACAGCUUCUCUGUAGCUGCUGAAACUGUGGCUCUUGGUCCAUUCACUCCUCCAAUCACAAUAGAAAUGCCUGAAGAUGCUCCAUCAAGUCCUCCAACAACACUGCAUGUGAGUGGAAUCAUUACAGUUGGCUUCUCUCUCUCCUGGAACAAUCCACCUGAGACAGAUACGAAUGGGGUUAUCCGACAUUUCACCGUGAAUAUUACUGAAGAAGACACUGGAAUGCAAUACACAUUGAGAGCAACUAACAAUACAGUGGAUGUUAACAGCCUACACCCAUACUAUACCUACUUGUGCUCAGUAGCAGCAGUGACCGUGUCUCCUGGACCAUAUACACCAGUGAUCUCUGUCCUAACUCUUGCUACGGGUUAGAAUGUUACCCCAGCAGCUUACCUUCAGAACCCUACAGCAGUUCCAAGUGGCCCUCCUCAAGAAAUUGAAGUUAAUGCUCUCAGCUCUAGAACAGCAUUGCUAAUGUGGCAGCCCACAAACAAUGACCAGCUCAAUGGGGUUCUCACGGGCUAUGUGAUCAAUGUAACUGAAAUUGAAAUUGGAAACCAAAACCAGAUUGUGACCCAGGGAGCUCAAUACACCUUUCACAACCUUAACCCCUUUUACCACUAUUCUUUCCUGGUGGCUGCAGUCACAGUUGGACAAGGACCAUUCAGCGCCAUAUUCUCGCUGCAAAUGCCUCAGGAUGUUCCUACUGCUCCACCUGUAUCAAUUGAAGUUACUUUGUUCAACUCAUCUGCACUUUCAAUCGGUUGGAGACCUCCAUCAGCAGGCCAACAGAACGGCAUCAUCGAAGGAUAUACUGUCAGGCUGGUAGAAGUUAUCACUGGCAAUGAAAGGGUCAUUGAUACUGGUGGACCGCACACAGAGGUUUUUGUAACAUCAUUGCACCCACACUAUGUGUACGAGUUAAGUGUGGCAGCACAAACAGUUGGUGUUGGUCCCUAUUCAUCUCCUACUGUGAUUCAAAUGGAUGAGGAUAUUCCAAGUGGACCACCAACAAAUGUUACAGCUACUUCACUGAGCUCCACUUCCAUUAAGUUAACGUGGAUGCCACCUCCACUGCACAAUCAAAAUGGCAUCAUCAGAGAGUACAUUAUCCACUACUAUGUGUCUGAAACAAGAGAGAGUGUGGUGAAACAAUCACCUGACAAUUACACUAGUACAAUCAUCACAGAUUUGCACCCAUAUUACACUUAUUCAUUCGAAGUUGCAGCUGUAACAGUUGGUGCUGGGCCACUGAGUACAGAGUUUACCAUCAGGACACUAGAAAGCGAGCCUACUGGUGCACCUCAGGCAGUUGAAUCAGUAGCUGUUAGUUCAAGCAGCGUUCGUUUAACUUGGAACCCUCCCUUGCCAGAAGAACAAAAUGGAAUGAUUCGGUCUUAUCAUAUCAAUGUAACCUCAGUUGAUGAUAAAAACUUGAUGGAGUUUUUUGAGACAGAUGGCCUAAACACCAUAUUUAUUAUCAAUUCAUUGCAUCCAUACUAUCUCUAUACCAUAACAAUUGCAGCGUUCACAGUGGAUCUAGGCCCACAUGCCACCGUACAAGAAAGAACACACCCAGAAAUCCCAUCUGGAGCUCCAAUGAAUCUCACAGUAGUAGCACUUAAUUCUAGCACUACUCAAGUCUCCUGGGACCCACCGCUAUCUGAAACUCAAAAUGGCCCUAUCAGUGGCUAUGUGGUACAGAUAAGUGGGAUUAACACAGAUGAGGACUUUGAGAUACAAUCUUAUGAGGGCCCCAAUACUUUUACUGUUUCAAACCUUCAUCCGUUCUAUGCUUAUGCAUAUACAAUUGCAGCUAUUGGCACUGGAAUUGGCCCAUAUUCAACUGCCUUGGUGUUUCAAAUGCCAGAAGAAGUGUGCACAGCUGUGGUCAGGAAUGUUACGGUGGAUGUAUUGUCAGCAACCUCUGUGGCUGUGUCCUGGCUCCCUCCUUAUGUCCAAUCAUGGAAUGGGGUCAUCACCAGCUACACCAUCAUCUAUGAGCUUCUUGGGAAAGUCAAUGGUGGCAGUAGUACCCAGCCCAUACAAACCGAUACACUAGUGUACCCUCAGCCUGGAAUGAUGUUCAACAAUGAUCCAGAUCCCAGGGCUUCAGCACAGCUACCACUCCAGUUUGAGAGUGUUAAGAUUGGGUUAUUAGAGGAGUUUUAUGUGUACCAAUUUUCAGUAUAUUUGGAGAAUUCCGUGGGGAUAUCGGAUGCUAGCCAGUCUAUCGGUAUUGAAAUGCCACCUGCAGCUCCUAGUGGUCCACCUAGUAGUGUCACUGCAUUGGCCCUCUCCUCUACAUCCAUCCUGGUCACAUGGGACAAUCCAGAUGAUUUUGAUGCGAAUGGAAUCAUAACUGCUUUUGAAAUUAUCCUCAAGGACUCUUCAAACCAUUUACGAAACUUCACACAACCUCCCUCUGCAUUUUCUUUCCAUUUGGAGGGUUUGAAUAAGUAUGCAGAAUACAGAGUUGAACUGUCGGCACAGAACAGUGAAGGAAGGGGGCCUUUUUCUAACCCAGUAUUUAUUAACACUCUAGAAGAUGUACCAAGUGCCCCAGUGGAUAUCGGUGUAGAGUCAGUGAACUCUACAGCUGUUGCUAUAAAAUGGAGUCCACCUCUAUCUCCAAAUGGAAUACUACUCUUCUACAAAAUCACAUAUGAUGGCUAUAAAAUUUCAGAGGGAAAUGAUGUAAAUACACCGGAAAAUGAACAUUCAGUACCAGCCACCGGUGGCAAUAGUGCUGUACUUUUUGGACUUCAGUCUGGCUUCACCUACAGUUUUGAGGUAAGGGCGAACACAAGUGUUGGAUUUGGUGAUGGAAGUCAAGUAACUUUCCAAGUGGCAGAUGCUGAAGUUGACAAGUCUGAGACUGGAAACGAGGAUGGAAGUACUCCAGCUAUUACCGCAACAGCUAUUGUGGCUGGCCUGGCAUUUCUAGUGCUGAUAGUAUUGGUAACAGCGUUGCUGUGGCGCAGAAUAAAAAGGAAGCACAAGUUUAAGCUAAGGCAGGGAGAUAGUCAAGAGUAGAAUAGUUGCCUUUCAAUGCACUUUCACGUACAGAACUGGAUUACAUUUUGAUAAUCUGGGGGCAAAAGCUGGUGAUGAGGCAGAGGGAAACUUGUACAUGACAUUAUACAGAAAACCAAAUGAAGAGACAGAUGGCACACAGGAUGAAAAGGUAGGCUAUAACUAUAGCUCUCACAGCUAUUAUCUCCUGUUACAAACAGAGGGAACUUGGUGCAGGCCCAGGAAAUAUCAACGGAGAGAAUGAAGGUGUGUGGACAAUUUUGCUUAAUGCAUUACUCUAUGUUAACCUGCAAGGUGGUCCACAUGUGCUGGCAUCAACAGUACUGGAUGCUUUGCUGCAAGUGUCCAGCCUAGUGAGAUGGGAGAGCACUAUGCAUCUAAGUGCAGUGCCUUUUAAUUCUAGCACAUCUCACAUAGUCCUUCGUGCUGGAUACAAAUGGCCUUUUUGGUUGUGUUAGGUUCCUUGCACCCCCAUCCCACACUAGAACAAAUAACAACCAUGAAGGAUAAUGGUAGUUAAGUUAGAGCAUAGAACUAAUGCACUUCAUGUACUUUUUUAGACUCAGUGAUGCUAAAGGCCGACACGCAUAUUUGAACCCCCCCUGAAGUGAACUAUUUUUCUAUUAUUAUGUAUAAUAUUAAGCAUUUGUAAAUUAUGUAAAUACAUCAGUGUGUUUAAUAAACCAUCAUUGGUGGAUUACAGGCACAUGAAACAAAAAUA